AUGAAGAGCGAGUGGAGCCGCCUCUGGGUCGCCUGGACGCAUGCUGCCGGCCAGCUUCCCGAGGACGUCUCAGCGUCGGCAGCAGCGGUCCUGCGGUCCGCACGUGCCUGGCGGCGGCUCUUCCAGGCGGCCACAGGCAUGAAGGCGAUUUUCCCAUCGACGGAUCCGGUCUGGCAGCCUCUUUCCCAGCGUCUCAGCGAGUGCGAAGUGUACAUGCAGCACCUGUACAUGGCCUUGGCACAACACCUGAGAUGCCAUGUGCGAUUUUUGCGAGCGGCGGAGGAGGUGAGUAGAGUCGGUUCGCUCUCCACGGUUGUGUACACUGUUCUUUCAGAUGGCCGCCUGCGUAGAAGCAGCACGGAGAUGAGAGAGCUGCAAGCAACCGUGCUUGAGUCUUUGGGAUGGAGCGCAUGCCCAUCAGAACUCGCAGCCGAAAUUGCAGAAUUAGGCAGGCGAGGUGCGGAGCUCACCCUCGACUACGCGAAGAACCUUUUGCAGCAGUGCGAGACGGCCUGUAUGUCAUCAUCUUUAAGGCAACUCUGCGAAAUCCAGGACGAUCAGCCCUUGCAGAGAUCGGAGGCCUGGACAGGGAUUCAAAAAGUCAAAGAAGGAGCAUCACGCAUGCCACAUUUGCACGUAUGGCGCGUGUACCAUGAGCUCUGCAGUUGGCUGCUGCUUCCACGUGUGGAAGAGGUGACUCACGUUUGGGCAGGCUUGGCUCAGCGUGGCUGGGACUCUGCCCGUGUGGAUGCUCUUUGGGAUGCAGAGACAGAGAACUCGAACUCCAACCCGGGAAUGGUAGGACCGCAUAAUGCUGGAGCUCGGGCGUUCAAGAGGGCAGCCUUUGGUUCCCGUGGAAGCCUGUUUCACGUGAUCCCACACAGUGACAGCAGGACGAUGCCGCUUGACAAGUGCGAAACUGGCCGCACCACGACACGGACAGCUUGCGAGGCCAGUGGCGCUUCUGACGGCGCCGCUCUGUUGCAAAGUCCUUCUGCAAAGAAUCAGGGUUGCAGCAGCUGGUGA